AUAACCUCACAACGAAAUAUUGAAACUAUUUUUUUCCCCAAACAGAAUGUGUUUACGGGAUUUAAGUUUUUCUUUAUAAAAAAAUAUGAUGCUAUCAAAAUUUUCCCGCGCUGUAUUAAAUUCUUCAUAUCGUCUGAAUCCAGUGUUUGCAUGCAAAAAUACAAAUUCAAUAAUUCGAUGUAGAAAUGUUCGGGUGCCGGAACGUAGUUUUUAUUUAAAUACCCAUGACCUGCAGAAAAUUCUACCAAAGUCAAAUGUUAAAUCAAAAUCAUCAAAAGAUGUUUCAGCCCAAUCGAUUGGAUAUUAUUCAAUGGCUGUUGUUGUGCUAUGUGCUGGCCUCACAUUUGCAGCGGUGCCAUUGUAUCGUUUAUUUUGUCAGGCGACAGGUUAUGGUGGAACGGUGGUCGAAGGUCAUGACACCACCAAAGUGGAGAACAUGAAAAGAGUCGGAAAUCGGGUACUAACAAUUCAAUUCAAUGCUGAUACAGCCGCUUCCAUGCGAUGGAACUUUAAACCUCAACAAUAUGAAAUUAAGGUUGUUCCGGGUGAGACAGCGCUGGCAUUUUAUACAGCAAAAAAUCCAAUGGAUGUUCCUGUAAUUGGUGUUAGCACAUACAAUGUGAUUCCAUUCGAAGCUGGUCAAUAUUUCAAUAAAAUUCAAUGUUUUUGCUUCGAAGCACAACAACUAAAUCCACAUGAAGAAGUUGAUAUGCCGGUAUUCUUUUACAUCGAUCCGGAAUUUGACGAGGACCCAAAAAUGGAAUUUGUCGACACAAUCGUAUUAUCGUACACAUUUUUUGAAUCGAAAGACGGUCUUAAUAUACCAGUACCCAGUUAUGCUCGGACGCAUUAGUUUAUUGUUAUUCAAAUUGGAAAUUUAUACAAAAGUGGAGUUAUAGUGGAACAAUAUGAUUAAAAAAAAUCUAGUUCAAAAAAGA